AUGAGGAGGUCGCGACACGGCCUGGGUUCCCGUAGUGCGAGGCGGCUCCGCAUCUCGAACGUGACUCGGGCCGACACCGCACUGGCCGGUAUGUCGAGCCGCAAGCGGAGGAGAAUAGUGUACGCCAGGAUACAGGAACUCUUUCGAACGUGUCCCAGUCGAGCAGCAGCCGAGGUGAUCGACGGCGUGCACAUGAGCGUUCGGCAUUCUCUCGAAGAUUUGGAAGCCUAUUGGCGACCAAUCCUAGAGAGGGUGUCGGAUGCCUCAGGGCCUACACCGUCUGCGCUGAACGCCUUAAGGCGGGAGGAGCAGUAUGAGGGCGCACGUGAUUACUCUCGGCUGUGGGUGCCUUUCACGACCGACGAAGUGAAGGCAUCCAAGUUCAACUGGCAAACGGCGCCUGGUCCGGACGGUAUCCGCCCGGAUGAGUGGCGCCUAGUUCCUGCGGCCCGGAAAGCGGAAACAUUCAACUCUUGGUUGACCACUGGCGUAAUACCAGAGCCCCUGCGGCAAUGCCGGACGAUCUUCGUGCCGAAGACGGACGUUCCUGCUGGGCCGGGCGACUAUCGACCGAUUUCUAUCGCGUCGAUACCGCUUAGGCACAUGCACUCGGUCCUGGCGCGGAGACUUCUGGAUUGCUGCCCCCCCCCCCCCGAUGCACGACAGCGUGGGUUCGUCUGCGCCGACGGCACGUUGCAGAAUUCCGCCGUGCUGGACGCGGUGCUAGGGGAUAGCAGGAAAAGUUUAAGAGAGUGUCAUGUGGCGGUCCUCGAUUUCGCGAAGGCGUUCGACACAGUGUCUCAUAGAGCGCUGGUCUAG